AUGGAAAACCACAGAAUAGGUCGUACACCCUCGCCGGGUCAUCCUCUGCAGCAUGGGUAUCAGCUCGACGAUGUACCUUAUGGCCACCACCCGGCGGCUGCCAGUAAUCUUGACAUGCCUGUUGGCCCAGGAAGAUACACACCGAGCGAUAAUCUCCCGUUGAAUGCGGCGCACUCAGUCGACAGCUUUUCUCAAGGUCCCUAUAGCCAGAGCGGGCAUCCUUCUGAAUUCUCCGUCAACCCUGAGCAACAUCAUGAUGCGUAUUAUAGCCAACCUUACGAUCCGCAACCGACCUCGACGCCGUUCGCCGACCAGCAUGGAUAUGAUUACGAUGACCAACACCCGAUGUUAGCCCAGAAUGAUCCUUACACGCAAGCUCAACCACAAGAGCCGUAUGCCGACGACCCACAUCGUCAGCAGCAGCAGCAAGGUGGAGGAAUCAAGCGAUGGAAAACAGUAAAGCAGGUGCUAUUGUACCGGGGUAACUUGGUUCUCGACUGUCCGGUACCCCCUAAACUACUAAACCAACUCCCCCACGGCGAGCGUGACGAAUUUACCCAUAUGCGAUAUUCCGCCGCUACUUGUGACCCGAACGAUUUUUAUAAUGAGAAUUUCACCUUGCGUCAGAAGCUCUUCAGCAAACCGCGCCAUACUGAGCUUUUCAUUGUCAUUACCAUGUACAAUGAAGACGAUAUUCUCUUUGCGCGGACCAUGAUAGGUGUUCUGAAAAAUAUCGAGUACAUGUGUAAUCGAAAAGAAAGCAAGACGUGGGGCCCGGACGCUUGGAAGAAAAUAGUGGUAUGUGUGGUAAGUGACGGGCGUGCCAAGAUCAAUCCCCGGACAAGGGCGCUUCUUUCCGGUAUGGGUGUAUAUCAAGAAGGUAUUGCGAAGCAGCAAGUCAACGGAAAGGAUGUUACUGCGCAUAUUUACGAAUACACAACGCAAGUUGGUAUGCAAAUCAAGAACGACGUGGUGCAGCUCAUCCCCAAGAAGCAGCCCGUACAAAUGCUAUUUUGCUUGAAGGAAAAGAACCAGAAGAAGAUCAAUUCGCACAGAUGGUUCUUCCAGGCGUUUGGCCGAGUCUUGGAUCCCAACAUCUGCGUACUAAUCGACGCGGGUACUAAGCCAGGCAGCAAUUCCAUUUACCAUCUCUGGAAGGCGUUCGACCUGGAGCCCAUGUGCGCCGGAGCUUGUGGUGAGAUCAAGGCGAUGUUGGGGAGAGGUGGAAAGGAAUUGAUCAAUCCACUCGUUGCGACCCAAAAUUUCGAAUACAAGAUGAGCAAUAUCCUCGAUAAGCCUCUAGAAUCGGCGUUUGGCUUCAUCUCUGUUUUACCUGGUGCCUUCUCGGCCUAUCGUUACGUCGCUUUGCAGAAUGAUAAGAAUGGAUUGGGGCCGCUGGAAAAAUACUUCAAGGGGGAAACGCUCCACGGCGCCGGUGCUGGUGUUUUCACCGCCAACAUGUAUCUGGCCGAAGAUCGUAUCCUCUGUUUUGAACUGGUUACCAAGCGCAACUGCCACUGGAUCUUGCAAUAUGUCAAGUCGGCAACAGGAGAAACGGAUGUUCCUGACUCUGUAACCGAACUCAUUCUACAGCGCCGACGUUGGCUAAACGGUUCCUUUUUCGCCGCUAUUUACGCCAUCGCACACUUCUACCAGUUUUUCCGUUCGGACCACUCCAUUCUUCGUAAGCUGAUGUUCUUCCUGGAAUUCGGCUUCCAGACCUUCAAUAUGAUCUUCGCCUGGUUUGCUAUUGGCAAUUUCUUCCUAGUUUUUAAGAUAUUGACGACAAGUCUUGGAGAUCCUACAUUGCUAGGUACCGUCGGUGAGAUUCUUGGUGUUGUUUUCGAAUGGUUUUACGGUAUCUCUUUAAUGGCCUGCUUCGUUCUCUCUAUGGGUAAUCGCCCAUCCGGUUCCGGCAAGCUAUACACGGCUAUGGUUAUUUUCUGGUGUGUGAUCAUGAUAUACCUCACAUUUGCCGCCGUUUUCAUCACUGUCAGAGCGGUUCAAGCCGAAGUAGCAGAUGGUUUCAAUAUCAGCGACUUAUUUAAGAAUAAGCUUUUCUAUUCGCUCAUUGUGUCUAUGCUAUCGACUUAUGGGCUCUGGCUUAUCGCCUCGCUUAUAAUGUUCGACCCGUGGCACAUGGUUACCUCCUUCAUUCAGUAUCUUCUACUAACGCCGACCUACGUCAACGUUCUAAACGUCUAUGCGUUCUGUAACACACACGAUAUAUCAUGGGGUACUAAGGGAGACGAUAAGGCCGAGGAACUUCCCACAGUCGAUACUAAGGACGGUAAGGGUAAGACCGACUUACCUGACGAAGGAGACUUGAAUGCCCAGUACGAGAGAGAAUUAGCAGUCUUCGGCCAGAAGCAUGUAGUGAUCCAGAAGCCGCCGAACGAUGCCCAAAAGGCUGAGGCUCAGAUGGAUUACUACCGUUGGAUCCGUUCGUUGGUCGUACUUAUCUGGAUGGUCACGAAUUUCGGUCUCGUGGCUCUAGUGCUCAGCACUGCUGGUCUUGAGAGGCUGACCCCCGACAAACAAGAGCAAAGCCAAAACGAACGCUCAACGCUGUAUAUGACGAUUAUCCUCUGGAGUGUAGCUGGCCUCUCCGCUUUUAAAUUCAUUGGAGCUCUCUGGUUCCUCAUCGUCCGCAUGUUCAGGGGUGUUUAG